AUGGCCACGCCAGCGGAGUCCCUGCCCCGGCCGGCGCCCCCCACCCCGCCCCCCGCCUCGACGUCCCGGGACAGGUGGCGGAGGAAGGUGGACUUCCUGCUGUCGGUGGUGGGCUUCGCCGUCGACCUGGGCAACGUCUGGAGGUUCCCCUACAUCUGCUACCAGAACGGAGGCGGAGCUUUCCUCAUCCCCUACACCCUGAUGGCCAUUUUCGGAGGCGUCCCCCUCUUUUACAUGGAGCUGGCCCUGGGACAGUUCCACCGGGUUGGGGCCAUUCCCAUCUGGAAGAACAUCUGCCCCAUAUUCAAAGGCAUCGGCUUUGCCAUCUGCAUCAUCAACCUCUACGUCGCCUUCUACUACAACACCAUCAUCGCCUGGGCCCUCUACUACCUCUACUCCUCCUUCAGUGCCCCCCUGCCCUGGACCAGCUGCGCCAACCCCUGGAACACCCCCAACUGCACCAGCUACCUGGGGAGGAGCAACAUCACCUGGACCAAGGACUCCCAGUCACCCGCUGAGGAGUUUUACAUGAGGAGAGUUCUGGCCCUCCAGAACUCCCACGGCCUGGACGAGGUGGGCGGGAUCUGCUGGCACCUGCUCUUCUGCCUCUUCCUCAUCUUUGCCAUUGUCUACUUCAGCCUCUGGAAGGGGGUCAAGACCUCCGGGAAGGUGGUGUGGGUGACAGCCACUCUCCCCUAUGUUGUCCUGCUCAUCCUGUUGAUCCGAGGGACGACUCUGCCUGGGGCCUGGAGAGGAAUCAUCUUCUACCUGCGGCCCAACUGGGAGAAGCUCACGAGCACAGCUGUGUGGGUGGAUGCCGCUGCCCAGAUCUUCUUCUCUUUGGGACCAGGCUUCGGGGUGCUGCUCGCUCUCGCCAGCUACAACCCCUUCCACAACAACUGCUACAGGGAUGCCAUGGUCACCAGCGUCAUCAACUGCCUCACCAGUUUCCUCUCAGGAUUUGUCAUUUUCACUGUCUUGGGCUACAUGGCAGAAAUGAGGGGCGUGGAAGUGGAGGACGUGGCCAAAGACAAAGGGCCCAGCCUCCUCUUCAUCACCUACCCGGAAGCCAUCGGCAACAUGGCCGGCUCCACCUUCUUUGCCAUCCUCUUCUUCCUCAUGAUGAUAACGCUGGGGCUGGACAGCACGUUUGGGGGCCUGGAAGCUGUCAUCACCGCGGUCAUGGAUGAAUAUCCGCACCUGCUGGCUAAGCGAAGAGAGCGGUUUGUCUUGGGGCUGAUCACCGUGUGCUUUCUGGGGUCCCUAGCCACGCUUACCCAUGGAGGGUCCUACAUCGUGAAACUCUUGGAAGAGUUUGGCGCUGGCUGUUCUAUUUUAGCAGUGGUGUUCCUGGAAGCCAUUGCUGUCUCCUGGUUUUAUGGGAUCCAGCAGUUCUGCAGCGAUGUGAAGGCCAUGCUGGGGUUUACCCCGGGAAUCUACUGGCAGGUGUGCUGGGUGGCCAUCAGCCCCGUCUUCCUGGCAUUCAUCAUCAUCAGCUCCCUGCUGGACCAGCCCCCCCUCACCCUCUUCGACUACCAGUACCCGGCCUGGAGCAUCUCGCUGGGGUACCUCCUUGGCGCCUCCUCCUUCCUUUGCAUCCCUCUCUGCAUGGCCUACAAGCUCGUCUGGACUCCAGGAUCUCUCAAGCAGCGCCUCGCAGUGUGCCUUCGACCCGAGAAGACAAAAGGGGAGCUACCGCUGGAGUCUGUGAGACCGGCCCCGUAG